AUGCUUGUAAUUACAGAAAACGCACUCGAAAAAGCCAACAACACACAGUAUCCAAGAAAUAGCAGGGCAUCAUUCAAAAGAAAGAGCACUCAAUUGAAAGUCAUAUCAGAUAGAAUUACCCCAUACUGUGGAGAAACAACAAAGGACAGAAAGGAAUAUAUAAAAACACGUAAGUUCAUAAAGGAAAGUGAUAAUAUAAAGUACAAAUAUUUAUAUGGAAGAAAAAAUAUAGGCAAUGGAAAACAUGAGAGGAAAAUAAAACUUUUUUCCGUAGAGAAAAAAAGAAAUCUCAACCAUUUAGAAAAGUUUUCCAAAAGUAAAAAAAAGAAAAAUCAGGUCAUAGCAAGAAGAGUUAAUUAUAAUGUUAUCUUAAAAAAUUCAUAUAUAAAAGAUAUUGAACAUGAAACAAAUUCCUUUUUAUCACAUUUAAAAGGCAAAAAAAAGAAAUAUCAUAAUAAAAGAAAUUCAAAAAAGGAUUUCCUAAAUAUCCGAGAAAUCACAUUAGACAACAUUAAAGAUAUAAAUGGAAAACUGACCUAUAAUCUGCAUCCAUUAAGUGACAUUUUUCAAUUUAAGGUAGAUACAAACCAUCCUGAAAUAUUUAACAAAAAUGAUACAAUAAGUAAACAAUUGUAUAACAAAAAAAUAAAUAAUGUAGAUUUAAAUGGCAAAAUUUUAAAUAAUUUUGCGUUAGACAUGAUGACACUGGUUGUCAACAGGGAUAGACAAUUUCCUAGUUCGUAUGUAAACGGUUAUCUAACACAACAGGCAUUUACCAGUAAAUACAGCAAGAAAUUUUUGAGAACAAAUAGUUUAAUAGAUUCCAUUAUUAAUUUAUCAAAUGAACUAAAUAAGACAAGUGAAAAAAAAAAGAAAAAAAAAAAAAAUGACUUGGAAUAUGAAUAUGAUAAAAGUGCAUUUCACUAUGUAAAUGAAACUUUGAAUAGUCAUAAUUUUCAUUAUGAUUUUACUGGUAGUGUAAAUAAAAAAGAAAUAAAAGAGUUAAAAAGUAUUAUAAAAAAAUACAAUGUUACAUCUAACUUUUAUUUUAAAAAAUCAUUUAAAAACCUUGAAUAUAAAAAUAAGAACAGUCAUAAAAAUAGGAAUAAUAAUUCAUGUAACACACAUUGUUAUAAUAGUGAUUAUAACAUUCAGUAUGAUACUAGACGUAAAUCGAAUAGUUGUAAGGAGGAAAAUAGUAAACAUAUAUAUGAUGAGAAAAAAGAAAAAAAAAAAAAAAAAAAAAUACCUUCACUUUAUAUAUACAAACGUCACUAUUCGGAUAAUUAUUUUUCAGAAGAAUUAAAAAAAAAAAAGGAAAAAAAGAAAAUAAAGACUUACUUUCUCCAUCUUAUCAAACCUUUUAAGUUUCCAAAUUUGAAAAAACAACCAGGGAGCAAUUCCUACAUAACCAGGACAACAAGUAAGCAAAUUAUUAAUUCUAAAUCCUCUUUGCACAAGGAGAAAGUGCGUAGAGGUAGUUAUACCAAAAGGGGAAAUGAACAUAGGAAAUUGGCAAAUAUUGAGGAGAAGAAGAAGAAGAAGGAGGAGGAAUGCGUUAAGGAAAAAGUACACACUUGCAAUCACAAAAACGACAGAACCAACGCCAACACUAAUGGAUCCAGCACGCGCAGCAAAAUGAAGCAAAUGAAACAAAAGAAAGAAAACGGAUUUUGCGUAACGAAAUUUUCAAAUGAGUGUCAAAAUAACUUUCACUCUGGAAAUAAUCAUUUGCAAUGCAUCAAGGAACAUACAUCUAUUUUUGUAGACUCCAGGAAAUAUACCCCUACAAAAGAGAAUCAUAUCGAAGAUAAACUAAAGAAGGGUGAUCUUUCAAUAGAUAAUACACGUUCAGGUAAAUCUCGAAACACAGAGAAUUUUUUUUCUCAAAUAUAUGUAGAAAACAAAAAGUGGAAAACAUGUAGCAUCAUGCAUCCAAACAUGGGUACACAUAAAAAUGUAAUAGUGAGCAAUGAGAAAAAUAAGUUGAAUGAAAAAGAGCAUAAUUUAAGUAUAAAAAAAUUUUCUGAAAAUGCAGAUAAUAGUUAUGUGCUUUCUCAUGUAGGCAAUGCUAAUAGUGUCCCUAGUUUUAUCAGUAGUAGCACUGGUGUGCAUAAAAAAAAUACCUCAGAAAGGGGUAGUGAAAUAGUUGCUCAGUUUGCACCAAUUCAUUUGAAUAACACAAGCUGUGCCAACAGUGAGUGUGUUUUUAGUUAUAAUAGCACAUAUAAUGUUCAGAAUGACAUCCCAAAUGAUAUUAAUAAAAGCAGUAACAAUACUUAUGCUACUUCCAUGAACAUGUAUAAUGAGUAUGUGUUUAACAUGAACAAUAUUAAAAGAAAUGAUUCAUAUAUCAAUUCAUCAGAAGAAAACACUAGUAACAUUUAUUUUGAUACAGAAAGACAAAGUAAUCACAUACUAAGUAAUAUUUAUUCUGAUAAUAUACAAAGUGUGAGUAAUUACCAGAACGAUUUUUUUAAAGGUAAUUAUAAUGAAAAGAAUAUUAUUUGUAGCUUUGGUAGUUUAAUUAGUAGAAAUCAUAAAGACACAUUUGAUAUAAUAUCAGUAGAAAAAAAUAAUGAUAGCCUAAUUACAUCCAAAGGUAAAAAGGGUAACAAUAAUAAUGAUGCAAAUCUGCUUCUUCCUUUUCAGGAAGCUUUAAAAAGCAAAACUUCUGAUAGAGAAAGUGUAGAAGAUUGGAAAUAUAUAGAAAGAGAAGACCCUCCUCACGCAUUAGUCAUAAACAAUUUAGGAGAUCAGAAAAGUUUGAGGUCAAGCACAAACUCUUUAUCUAGUUCGGUAUUGAUAAAAACACCUGUAGUAUCAAAUAUACAAAACAGCCAUUUUGAUAGAAUUCCUUCUUAUGUUACGAAAGACAUCAAUCCAAAGUGCACUGCAAGAUAUAUUGCUCCCAAUUCUGUGGAGAAUCACGGUAGCCCUUUUUAUAUUUUCAAAUUGAAAUACAGAAAGGAAAGAUUAUCCAAUAAAACUCCACUAAUAGUUGAUACUCAAAAUUUAUACACAACUAGUAAUGACAUUGAUUUGAUAGUAAAAAGUAGAAGAAGGAUAAAUAACAUUUUAUAUAGUAAUAAAGAAACAAAAAUGAAUAACAAUGAUAAUGAUCAUGAUUUUUUAGUUAAUGAAUGUUUAGCGAAAUGUUUGAAGGAAAACUUAUCAAAUUUUAGAACAAACGAAGAUUAUGAAAAAUAUUGUAAUGAAGAUAAGAUAUUAAAUCCGGAUUACAUUCCGCAAGAAUCGAAAAGACUUGGAGAAAAAUUUUUACAGAAUCAUAAGGAAACGUUUUUAUCUUAUGGCAAUCCAAAUUUUCCUCAUCAACCUUAUAUGAACAAUGCAGAAUGUGGUAAUAGUUGUUUUAGACAGGAUCAACAGGGAUAUAACAUUUCUAAUGAUUCAAAUGUACAUUUUAUGAAUAACAUGAAAAUUAACGUAUUCAAUAGUACAAACUAUCAAAACACUGAUAAUAGUAGUUUCAAUAAUACUGGGGGAAUAUUUUGCAAUAGUCAUAUAAAUUCUAUAAAUAAAGAAUUUUAUAUGAAGAAAGGAAAUGACUAUAGCAAUGAUGUUUUUAUAAAAUAUUAUGAACAGUAUACAAAUAAAGACAAUGAUAAAAACGAGGCAAAAAAAUUCAAUUACACAGACUGCUACGAUUUCAAGAAUGUCCUUCUGAAUGGAUUAAGCAGAGAAGAUAGCUUUGAUUCUGAUGAAGAUUUGAAAAAUGAAGAUAAUGAAAUGAAUUUUUUAAAAGAUUCAUUAAAUUCUUUUGAUAAUUUAGAAUCUACAGAAAAAAAAUAUGAAGAGAUAUUACGAGAUUUCAAUGGAAAAAUACCAUUACUACAUAAGGUGUUAAAACCGUUACCAGUAAAAAAUAGAUCAAACAACUUUGAUAUUUGCCUAUAUUUAUUACAAAAACAUGGAGGAGACUUAAAUAAUGAAGAAAAUAUUUGCAUAUUAAGAGAUAAAGAAAUUGUUCAACAUAGUGCAAUAUAUGACACAAAAAAAGGAUGCAUAAAAAGUAACAUAACAAAUGUAACAAAUAUAAAAUUAUAUCAUCCCAAAUGGUAUAGCAAAAAAAAAAUAAUUGAAAGAUUGAAAGAACAAAGUUGUUUUAAUCCCUUUACUAUAUUCGGGUCUGCACCAAGUUUACUAGAUUUUGAUGAAGUUUUUGAUAAAGAUGUAUAUAACAAAUUUGUGUCAAGAAAUAGCCGUAAAUCUCAUUCAUUACUAAGAAUAUUAGCAAAACAGAAAGUAAUUAAUAACCUUAAUGACAAAAUAACGGAUAAAGAAUGGCCACAAGUACAUUCUUAUUUAAAAAAAAGAUGGAGUAAAGAAACCAACAUAGAAUUGAAUUGGGCAUGUGACCCUCUACUAUAUGAAGAACUGGAAUGGUAUUUAAGCACAAAUAAUGAAUACCUAAAUAUGACUGAUAAGGUUGCAGAUAUUGAAGUUUGCUAUUGCCCAACUUUGGACCCUAGUUCGUAUUACGCAUGGAAUGAUUCGAGGGUUAUAUACACAAAUUUAUGUUACAACAAGUCGAAAGAAGAUGCAGAACCAACUAGCCAUUCUGUUAAAGAUAGAUUUAUGGUUAAUAAUAACGCUGAGCUGAAAAAUAAAGAUAAGCAAGUUUCCUUUAGAAAAAGAGCAAGCGGAUGUGAGCAUCUCAUGUUUCAUCAGAACUUGAUGAAACGAAAAAAAUUGUCCAAAAAAAAAAAAAAACUCUUAAAAAAAAAAAAAAAAAUGCUAAAGGAGAGGGAUGAAAUGUUGAGACAGCAAAAUAAAAUGUCUUCCAUCAACAACAAUGGGGACAGUGCAGAUGCAAAGCCUGCUGCAUCAUCAUGCGGGUUGCACAUGGAAACGAAAGGGGAUUCUGAAAACGCCUACAGAUAUGUGUACUCAUCUUCUCAGAAUAAUAACAAAUUUUCGAAUGAUCCAUGUAUGAAUAUGAAUAUGAGAAUGAAUAUGGACAUGCGCACAAGCGCGCUCAAAACUAAGAAAAAUAAUCGCGAUAGCUCCUAUUAUCCUAAUAUUUUUUCAACAAAAAAAAAGAAGAGUGUGCAUCAUAACAAAAAUUACGAAGAUGAUGUUAUACCCAUUAUGACUGUGAAUACAUCAUUGUAUAGGAACAACAUAGACAACAAAUACAAUUGUAGUAACACAGCAUAUGAUUACAUUAAAAAUAAGGACAAUACUAUUAAAUUUUUUGCAUCUCCGAAAAAAACAAGAAAAAACAAUUCGAUUAAAAAGUCUGUUAAGAAUUCAGAUAAUUUUUAUUUCUUAAAUUCUUCUAUGAUUAAUUCUGACAAUAUUUACAAUAACAACAAUUUGAAUAGCUUUGAUUCUAGAGACUCAGCUGAAGGAAAUGAUUCCACCUCUAUUUUUCAUAAAGGCACAUUCGGCCCACCAGAUGAUAAUAUAAGAAGCAAAAACCAAGCAGAGGCAACAUAUGUUCCCACUAGUGGAAUGGAAAUGGACAAACUGGACAGUGCUUCGGAAAGGAUACGUAAAAACCUUCAAAUGAAUGAGCACACCUGUUACAGCAGCAGCAGCAGCAACAACAACAACAACAACAACAACAGCAACAACAACAACAACAACAACAACAGCAACAAAAACCACGACAACGGUAUAUACGAAUUCAAGUGCACAAAAAAUGUAUACGACUUGAGAACGUAUGACAAUGAUAAUAAUGAAAAUAGCAGCAUGGGCCACAUGGCAAGGAUUAAUGAGAACUUCUCAAACAAAAGCGGUAACUUUUUUCACAAAGGAGCCAUUAGUGAUUUCAUGCAACCUUUUCAUCAUAUGGACAUAGGGGGGAACAAGUACGGAAAUGGGAAUAGUAAUGUGAAUAUGAACAUAUUUAGCAAUAUACGAAUGUAUGAACAAAAUUUUAACCAAAACAGGAAUCACGCUGAUAACAACAGCACUCCUAGUAUGGAUUAUAAUAUAGGGAAUAAAGGAAAUGACAAUAUAGGAAUAGGAGGACCUUUCACUAAAAAAAAUUUUGUAGAUAAAAGUUAUUAUGGCAUGGACCAAAUAAAUUUUUCUUCAAAGAAUAUGAAUAACUUCUCGAGCAAAGAGUUGGGAAUAAAUGAACUACAAUAUGAUAGUAUUUUUAGAAACAAUUUAUCAAAACAUAACAUUUGGGAACAAAAUAAAAAAAAAUUACCCACAAGAGAAUUAAAAGAAAAAAAUAUGAAUAAAUUUAAAGAAACACGUGCAGAACACAGUGAUGAUAACCAUAACGAAAAUGACAAUAAGAACAGCGAUGAAAAUGACACAGGCAAUCAGAACAAUUAUAACCUUUUUGAAUGCAAAUAUGAAAAUAAUUCAAAUAAAUGUGAUAAUAGAAAAAGCGGAAAAAUCAUAGCAGAAUAUUUUCUCAAUAAAAAUUCGGAAAAUUACUUUACAACACAAAAAAAAAAAAAAAUGAAUGAUGGGUGCACCACUGGAGAACCUCAAAAAAGUAUGGGAAAUGAUAUGGAAGACAUGAACGCACUAAAGACAACGCAACAAAACAUUGAUAAAAAAAAUAUGCUAGAAAAAAAAAUUCAAAAUAACAUGUCAUUUCAUUCGAAAAAGAAAAAUACUGAUAAUUCGACAAGCACUUUUAAUUCCAAAAGAUCAAGCAAUAGCAACAUUAGCAUUGAUGAAAAUAGAAAAAUUAGAAGAUAUAUAAAUAAAAUAUGCCAAGAUGACAACACAUCUAUUGAGUAUUCAGAAAAUAGCAAAGGACACUGCAAUAAGGGAAGUGUAGAACCUCCUUCAAGCAGAACAAGCGAAACUUCAUCGUAUAGUGCUUUCAAAAUGGCUACCUCUGUUUUUAAAAAAUUAUUCUAG